UCAAACCACCUUGCAUUUAAUCAUCUCGAGUUCACGGGCGGAGGAGGAACCGGAAGACAGUUUGGUUGUGGCCGGUGCAGGAGAACAUUUUGGAAAAGAAUGAGACAAGGUUUCUAAAUUGUAGUUGAUUGUGACUGCUCACGUCGUGCCGUGUGGUAGCUCAGAUUCGGUGCUGAAAUUGCUCUGGAAGUUUACAACAAGGGAACUGAGAUCUCAAGAUGGGAAGGAAGAGUAAGAGAAAACACAACUUGGAUCCAGAAGAUGUUGCCAAAGCUGAUAAGAAAGAAAUCACAUCACUGUGCUCUCAGCUUCUUGAAAUUGCUGCCAGGCCUUCGCCCAUGGCCCCAGCCAAGCAGUGGGAAGAAUAUCUGCAAAUUAACAGCCUUGUGGAAAAGAUACGCAAGAAGCAACAUGAUACUUCUUUUGAGGGUCACAAUCGAGAGGAACAUAUCGAGGACUUCAUGACAUGGUGUCAGGGUUUGGGCAUAUCAUGUGACUCAGUCAGCAUUGAGGCUUUUGAUGGAGCUGAACUCGGACUAAAAGCAACCAAGGAAAUUAAAGAACAAGAUCCGUUUCUUACCGUUCCCAGGAAAGCCAUACUGACCGAGGACUCUGCACUCAGCUCCCCACUAGGCCCUCUUAUACAGAAGGAUCGUGUACUGCAAGGGAUGGCCCAUGUGGCCCUAGCUCUGUAUCUACUCAUGGAACGCCAGUCCGAGCAGUCCUUCUGGAAACCUUACAUAGACAUUUUGCCGACGUCGUACCACGUUCCUCUGUAUUUCUCUCCGGAUGAAUUACAGCAACUGCAAGGAUCUCCCACAUACACCGACGCUCUUAAGCAACACAAAAACAUCACCAGACAGUUUGCUUACUUCUACAAAGUCUUCCAGACCAAUGUCGAUGCAGCCAAGCUACCGUUCAAAGACUCCUUCACUUAUGAUGGAUACAGAUGGGCAGUGUCGACCGUCAUGUCGAGACAGAAUCAAAUUCCAUCACAUAACGGCUCACAUCUGGUGACUUCUCUGAUUCCACUGUGGGACAUGUGCAAUCAUACUAACGGAGUGAUCACCACCAGUUUCAACCUACAGCGCGAGAGCUGCGAGGGGUUGGCACUUCACGAUCUAUCAGUCGGAGAGCAGGUUUGCAUCUUCUACGGUCUGCGUUCCAACGCUCACCUGUUGCUGUACAGCGGGUUUGUGUACCCAGAGAGCGCGUGUGACAGCGUGAACAUCCAGCUGGGAGUCAGUAAGAAUGACCGUCUGUACGCGAUGAAGAGCCAACUGCUGGCCAUGAUGGGAUCCAAUGAGUCGUCUAUUAACCUACCAGUAGAGGGCGGUGAUAACCCAAUCAGUCCCGAGCUUAUUGCAUUCCUCAGGGUCUUCUCUAUGGAUGAAGAGGAGUUGUUGAUUCGUAUGUUUGAUAAGAACAAGACGGAGUCGUUAGGUCGUCUGGUACGCCCAAACUGCUUGAUCAGUAAAGCUAACGAGCUGCGAGUCUGGUCCUUCCUUGAAACGAGACUAGUCUUACUACUCAGACAAUACAAGACCACAAUAGAGGAGGACAUGGAGCAACUCUCCAAGAAAGACGCUACACCAAACUCUGCCCUCUGCAUACAGCUCCGGCUGUCAGAGAAACGCAUCCUCAACAAUGCCAUCUCAUACAUUAAGACACGCCGAAGAAUCUUAGAGGAGCUGGCCGACGAUGCCAUCGUCUAUCAGGAGGAGAUGGAGGCAGACGAUGCGGGGAAACCCGCAGACGUCGGCGAUGCAAAGGACGAGGAAGAUGAGGAUGAGACAUCUGGCGGGGUCAACAAGAUGACAGACAGCCAAUCGGAUGAUAGCGUAUCCUUCAAUCGGAAUUCGCUCUCCUCGUUACAGAGUGACUACAGUGAGGACUCCAUCUCGGAGGAUUCGACGAGCAGGACAAAGAAAUCCUUGGAAAAUGGAAACCUUACUAAUGGGGGACAUCACGGUCAGAUCAACGGCUCUGUCUCUGUGGACAGUCUCAACAACUCACUGAAUGGAAUCAAUCUGAACAGCGGAGGUAAACUAGAUGGGAAGGCUGAUAACCAGACUACCACACUCACUAAUGGUCAUGAGACUGCCAAUGGCUGCAUUGAGAAUGGUGCAGAAUAAAACUCUGUCAUCUUACAAGGUUUUUUGGCUGUAAACUUUUUCUUUCUUGACUUUGGGAAUAGAAACAUUUCUUCAAGGAUUUGGGUACUAUUUGUAACACAAAACAUAAUGCCCACAGAUUUACACUAGACUUACUCAGUUUGAAGAU